AUGAAAAUUAUUUCCCACGAACUGAGUAUGGAACAUGCUAAACAUGAUGUCACACACACUUGGGGUUCGAUUUCGAUUCGUCAUUCGUCGUUUGACAGGAAAAUAAAAGGUGAAGGGGGCGAUGAAGAAGAAAUAAAGAAAAGAAGAGUUCAUGCAUACACAAAGAGAAGCAGCAUCAAAGCAAAGCAUAAUUGCUUAUUGAUUUUUUAUUGUUUCUCUCUUAUGCUUUAUGGGAUGUUACAUGUGGAUACAUCAAAACGAGCUGCUUAUUGGAUUCUUAUGCACACUGAACAACAAGAAGAGUGA